AUGCGUGCGUUUCUUUCCUUGAAAACCUUCACUCUUGGAGUAAAAGGUGGUUCGUACCUUUUGAGUUGCCACCAAAUCUCGACGACGGAACGUUCCACCGUACCGACCUCAUCGUCGCGUCCUGUUGGAACGACGCACAGUCAAGACCGUUCAAACAUGACAAAUAAGCCGCAUUUUCCAGAUGCUUGUGGUAGUUGUUAUUACUUUAAGUCCUUGCUUGAUGAUCUUAGCAACGCUGUUUCGAGCGUGAGCACUGCAACCAAGGAGAAGGGGCAGGCCUUCCCUGUGACUUCAGCGCUUUCGAAGCCUACUUUUCUACAAGAUAUGACGAAAAAGCCUUUCAGUGACUCUGUUAAGAUGGAAAACAGCGAACAGCGUUCCGAUAAAUCGAGGUGGAUCAAGGGUGUGUUGAGAAGAUUCCUCAUUGAUACCUCCACACCACCGAUUUCGCAGGAAGAAAUGAUAAGAUGGCGCUUAGAUCGCUUAUUACACAACAUGAGCCUUUUUAUAAGUCCUUGCAACUUUUAUAAGCCCAUUUAUUUGCUGCCCCCUGAUGCCAUGGUGACGUCGCUUGGUCCUCAAAUGGAUCGGAUUGAUUCUUUAUACCGGAAAAGGGGCUGGUUCACACCCUCAGAGAUGGCCGAGGUCUUCAUUGGUAUUACGCCAACCUUUUUCGUUGAAACACGCUACAUUUUCAAUUGCAUCCCACCCAAUUUACUGCUGAGCAUCGAAUCAAAAUACCCCCGGAGGGAGUGGGCAACCAAACUUUUUGCGAGAUAUCCGAUGAUCUUUAAACUUUCCCGCUAUACUCUUCAGAAAUCGGUGGUGAAGCUCAAUACUGACAUGUGGUUUGUGCGCGCACACCCUGACUUUAAGAAAGGAAAUCGGCUUCAUUAUAAGAACAAUGCCGAGUACCGUGCCGGGAUGGGCGGUGUAAUGAGUCGGAACGCUCCCACUGGCGGCGUUCCGCCUCCUGGCUUAGACGCUGGCAGCACGGCAGCCAGGGAGGCGAUCCAAGGCUCCUCCGAGGCCUUUGUUGGCGGCAAGGAAGCGGCAAAAAUGGCUGGAAAAGCUAAACCCAUCGAUCUACGCAUCUUUGAUAUUCUAGUAAGCCAUCUUCCGCGCGUGCCGGCGCCAAAGACCAACCCCUCUCAACUUGGAAACAAAUCUGCCGAGAAGAACCCAUCGAGCGAUUGGGAGGCCGUGCGAAGGAUGCGCUACGUGGCGAUGCCAUUGGUGGAAUGGGUGAACGGGUUCUCACAGGCGGAGUUGGAUGUUCUGAACACCGUUUCUCAGGCGUACGUUCUGGUCAUACUCCAGGAAUACCCCUUAGUCUUCCAACUCAUGAAUCCCAAAGGGGAUUCUUUGUUUUUAUACGCCGAUCGUGAUGUGGUUUCACUCUCGCUUCAAAAUGGGGUUUCGACGACUUCCGGACGCGCAUCGGCUGAGGAUCGGGUCGGACCUGCACCGAAUGAUAAUUUGAAAGAUGAAAAUCCGCUUGAAGAGGAUGAUAUGGAGGCGUGGGGGGAGGAUUCUGAAGGCAUUCGUAAUGAAAUAGAUAACCCACCUCGUGCUACCGGGGCCGCUCAACCCUGCAGGGAUGAAAAAGUGCAGGCGAGAGAGAAGAAACUGCAUCAGGCACUUCGAGAUGACUUGCUCGGGAUCGACGAUCUUGCGCAGGGUCUAGAUGACGAUAGCCAGGAAAGCGAGGAGUUUGAGGAUUUGUCGGGGGAUUUGUUGGGUUUUGAAGACGAUUCCCUCCCCGGUGAUCCGCUGGAAGAGGAGGAGAUGCAGGAUAAGGAGGCCAUCUCGUCGAAACCCAAACGUCGCCACCACUUGCUCAAUAAUGAAACGGCGGACGGAGACAAGAACAACAGCGAUACGCAUCAUUUUCAAGGUCCUCAGGAUGUCCCUAUUGCAUCUUUGAACUUAAAUGAGCUGUACGUGCGGCGCCUCCCGCCGGAAAUCGCGCCGCGUAGUUUGAGCAACUUCAACAACACGACGACGCCGACGCCGGAGUUGGUGGAGCUCGUCGCCAGCUUCUUAGCGCCGCCUCCCUCUCUCGCAGGGGAGCGCGAUAACUUCUUUCUGCGGUGCCAGCAAAAGUAUCGACAAGGAUCCACGACGAUUGGGGUGAAAGGGAAGGAGGGAAGUGCGGCCUUGCAGGUUCCAUCCAACCCCCCGCCGCGGCUCUGGCGUUGGGUGCGGAUCCAGGGGAUCUACCUCGCCCUCAGCCCUGCGCAGCGUCAGGCGAUCCGGAGCACGUACUCCGGCCUCGUUCGCUUUCUUCGACUCCACGGUGAGCUUUUUGAGGUGAGCGAGGAUAUGUUGCACGUCAUCGCGCACGAUCCGCAAGGUGUGUUGGCGCCCAUCGUUCCCACACAAAAGCAUUUCCGUUUUCAGCAGCGCGUGGUGCUCCCGAAGUCUUUUGACGAGAACACGAACGCCACGGCCGCCCUCAUCGGCGAGGAGGAGCGGCAAAAAUACAAGGCGAUAUUAGGUGAUAGCCAGAUCCCCGCCACGCGCCGACAGCUCAUUCUCCUCGACCCUCAUAAUCCCCUUCUUCAUCGAGACGUUUUGUAUGACGAGAUAUCGCAACUCUUGCCCUAUAAUUGCGCGAUUAAAAAGUCUACGAUGAUGCAACGGCUUCCACCAAUUCUUAAAGCGUCUCUUGGGAAAGGUGCGAUCAGCCACCUCAUCUCCCAUCCCAACGAUUAUUUUACCGUUUUUGAAGAGGAUGGGGUUACCAUGAUGCAGCGAAAGAAUCUUCAACCGCCGACGGGCUCUCCAUCGCCGGGGUUGAGCGCGGAAGAUAGCGUGGAAGCGCUGCGGGCGGCCGUACCGCUGUGCGGCGCGACGGUCUUCGCCCUCACCCGUCUGCACCUCUCCAAACCCGCUGUGGAGGGGUUAAAACGGCACUUCGGGAGUGUUUAUACCGCGGUGAAGGCCUACCCGCAGUAUUUUAAGAUUUCGGAGAACCCCACCGGUAAACGAUCGGAGGCCUUGGUGAUGAUCGUUGAGUAG